CUGGCUGUUUGCAGAGGUCAGAGAAAGUGAAAGGUGUAUUUAUUGAAAUGUUCUCUUGGAGGGCAAGGAGGAAAAUAACGAUAUUUUAUUUCCAGGGCAUGUGUCUGUGUGUGGUGGCUGGCUGUAGCCUACGUGUCGUCUCCCCUUUUCUCUUAAGCCUCGAUACAUAAGAAUCAACCGAGCGCUAUCCAUCUGCUCGCAUUCUGCUGCAAACCAGGAUGAGCCACCAGCACAACAACCAUCACUUCACGUUAAUUUAACCUCUGUAUCUUUGACCCACCGGUCUGUCGCGGUCCAUGCUUUGCCUGCCUGAGAUGCGAUUUCAUUCUCCCUUUUCCCGGAGAGUAUCGACCGUUACACCCCACUGAAAGAGCAUGCCUGAGACCGGGGCGACGGGAGCAGCAGCUGCAGCUGCCCGUAUCAGCCUCUCCGACAGCAGAGACGGCACCGAGGGCUUUUGGCACAAACACCGAUCGCAACGCGAGGGAGAAAAGACAGAUCCAAGUGCUGCCUCCUCGCAGCAAACGUCCUCCGGUGUACUGGAUAAGUUAUUUGGGAAGCGGCUGCUGCAGGCUGGGCGGUACAUCAUGUCUCAUAAGUCCUGGAUGAAGACCGUGCCCACUGAGAACUGUGACAUCCUCAUGACUUUCUCAGACCAGACAGAUGACCACACGUUGCUAUGGCUACUGAACCACCUGCGUCUGGGCAUUCCGGAACUCAACAUCCAGAUCCGACAUCACAAACGCACGCGCGUCCAUGCCUUCUUUGUCACGGCAACCUAUGAGAAUCUGUUGCGUGGGGCAGAGGAGAUGGGUCUGAGGAAAUCAGUGAAGCCAGAGUUUGGGGGAGGAACACGCAGCUUCUCCUGUGAAGAAGACUACAUCUAUGAGAACAUUGAGAGUGAACUAUGCUUCUUCACAUCACAGGAGAGGCAAAGCAUCAUCAAGUACUGGCUCGACAAUCUACGUGCCAAGAAUGGAGAGGUGCUUCACAACAUACAGUUCCUGGAGGGACAGCCAAUCAUCCCAGAGCUAAGUGUGCGGGGCGUGAUCCAGAAGGUGUUUCCGCUCCAUGAGCAGAGGAUCCUCAGUCAGCUGAUGAAGUCCUGGGUGCAGGCCGUGUGUGAAAAACAGCCACUAGAUGAUAUUCAUGAUUACUUUGGGGUGAAGAUAGCCAUGUACUUUGCCUGGCUGGGGUUCUACACCACAUCUAUGCUGUAUCCAGCUGUCAUAGGCUUUGUUCUCUGGAUUCUGACGGAGUCUGAUCAGACAAGUCGUGAUAUCUGCUGUGUAGUGUUUGCUCUGUUCAACGUGGUGUGGGCCACGCUGUUCCUGGAGAGGUGGAAGAGGAGGGGGGCGGAGCUAGCCUAUAAGUGGGGUACGCUGGAUACCCCUAACGAGUCCCUAGAGGAACCACGGACACAGUUUAUGGGCGUGAAGCGGUGCAGUCCCAUAACAGGCUGUGAGGAGUUAUACUACUCUCCGUGGAGGAGGAGGAUGUUCAGGUGGCUGGUCAGCCUGCCCAUCUGUAUCCUUUGUCUCUGCUUUGUCUUCCUGGCCAUGCUCAUCUGCUUCGAGCUGCAGGAGUUUGUGAUGGGGAUCAAGGAGGUACCUCGAUUGGCCAGGUUCAUCCCUAAGAUCAUGCUGGCCAUCACUGUGACCGCCUGUGACGAGGUGUACCGGAAGAUAGCCUGCUGGCUCAACAACAUGGAAAACUACAGACUCCAGAGUGCCUAUGAGAAAAAUCUCAUCAUCAAAAUGGUUCUUUUUCAGUUUGUAAAUUCUUAUCUCAGUCUUUUCUACAUUGGAUUCUACCUCAGAGACAUGGAACGUCUGAAAGAGAUGCUGGCCACCCUUCUGAUCACCCGGCAGUUUGUCCAGAACGUGAAAGAGGUGCUGCAGCCUUACCUGUACGAGCGCCAUAAGCUGGGCGAGCUCACCCUGCACGGCGUCUGGGACCUGCUCCUCUCAGCCCUGCUCAAGUACUGCCGGCUGGCCGCAGGAAAGGCCCAGGCUUCACCCACCGACCAGGCCGUACCGAGCCACGGCCUGAGGGGAACCAGAUCCGGGGUGGGACAGCCUGGCCGCAGGGAGAAGUGUCUGAACGGGGGAUGUGGGGUGCCUGACGAGGAGGAAAGGGAGAGGGAGGAGGGAGACAGCGGGAGGUUCAGUGAGGGAGAGAACGAGGAGUUGAUAGACUGUGGCCUGAAGCUGAGGAAGGUUAGCUUCAUAGAGAAGGUGGACAGGAAGUCGUCUGGAGGGGGCUGCGUCCCUACAAUAGAGGAUAGUUUCCUGGAGGAUGGCAGCCCCACCAUGGUGGAGAAGGGGAUGGACCCGGCCUCGGUGUUCGAGACGUAUGAUGAUGUCGAUGACAAUGAGAUGAAGGACACGGGUGGUUUGGCCAAUGAAAGUGUGGCAGCUGCCCCACUGCCUUCUGGGCCGGAGAGCACAGUGAGGGUGCGUCAUCACAGAAGGCAGAGGAGUUUGGAGAGACUAGACUCUGAGACCAAGAGGGAGUCGUGGAUCGACCCCCCAGAGGAGCAAGAGCGUACAAUUCUGGCACAGGCUGAGAUUGAGAGCUGCAUGCAGACUUAUGAGGACACCUUCCAGGACUACCAGGAGAUGUUUGUCCAGUUUGGCUAUGUGGUUCUCUUCUCCUCAGCCUUCCCCUUGGCGGCCAUGUGUGCUCUCAUUAACAACAUCAUAGAGAUCCGCAGCGACGCCUUAAAGCUCUGUACCGGCCUGCAGAGGCCCUUUGGUCAGAGGGUGGAGAGCAUCGGACAGUGGCAGACAGCAAUGGAAGCCAUGGGUCUAAUCGCCAUCAUAGUCAACUGUUACCUGAUUGGUCAGUGUGGUCAGCUGCAGCGACUCUUCCCCUGGCUCAGCCCUGAGAUGGCCAUCAUCUCCAUUGUCAUCCUCGAACACUUUGCCAUCCUGCUGAAGUAUAUCAUUCACGUAGCGAUCCCAGAUAUCCCCAGCUGGGUAGGAGAGAAGAUAGCAAAACUGGAGUACCAACGCAGGGAGGCCUUUAAGAGGCACGAGCGGCAAGCACAGCAACACUAUCAACAGCUACAGAGGAGGAAGAGAGAGGAGGAGGAAAGGCAGAGGCAGGCGGAGUAUCAGGCUCGCAGGGAAAGGGAGAGAGAUGAGGGGAAGGACUCCUCUGGGGGAGACCACCACCACGACAAGAGCCAUAGGGGGAAGUCCCGCACUGGGGGGGGUGGAGGGGGGGACAAGCCCAAGAGGCCCAGCUCCCUCUUGGCCAACAACAACGUGAUGAAGCUCAAACAAAUCAUCCCCUUACAGAACAAGUUCUCCUCAAGCAGCGCGCGCUCCCCUCAGUCUCCCACCGGAAACGAACCCAAGCUCCCCGGGUUCCUUAGCUUCAAGUUCCUCAAGUCGCCCGAGAAUAAGAAGGAAGCGGCAGCGACCGCUGCUGCAGUAGCGGCAGCCACGGCAACGAAUAACACGAUGUCUGCGACCUUCCCAAGUGGUAACCAGGAGUGGUCUCAGUCGCCAAGCAAGUCAUUCAACCCGGGGAAACUGUUUAACUUUGGGAAGUCGGAGGGGGGCUCCUGUGUGAAUGGGACCCAGUUACCCCGACCAGGAGAGGGGUCCCAGGUGUCUGACAAACAGCUCACCAAGUCUGACCUGAAUGGGGUGACGGGCGAGAGCCGUUCACCUGGAGGGGACGCAGGGGAGAAGGAACACCACACAGACUCCCCGGACCGUAAAGUCUAGUCUCUCUUUGGAAAGAGAUAAUAAACUGCUGUGAGAACUUAACUUGAUAUAUCUACUACAAGGAACAAAUAAGUGGGGUGAAAAGGCCAAGCCUCUCCAUGCUGUCUGAGGUUGUGUAUGUAGACACUGCCUAGAGGAUGUGAGGGGAAUGGGCUGAUGGCGAUGAUGAUGAAAACAUAACCCGUGCGCGUAUAGAGACACACACAUACCUCACUUUUGUCUGCAAUACAUAUAGACAUGCAUGAGCUGUGUUUCUAAAACUUUUUUGGGGAAAAAGGGAGAGCAGUUUAUCUUGAUUUAUUCUCAUCUGAAAAUUUAAAUCCUCUUGGUAGCCAUCUUGCCACUGAAACAUAAUAGCCUAGUUUUGGGGGAGAGAAGGAAAAACAUUUAUCAAAGGCAUAAUGAGACCUUUCGUAGCAUCCACAAAAUGGUCGCCUGAUCUCUUACAAAUUUUGAACUAUGAAGGACUAUCAGCUUUUCUACUUAAACGAAGCGGCUUUGCUAGCCGUGCAAUAUCAAUCAGUGUUUCAAAUUUGAGCAGUACUGCAAAACACGUCAAGUUCAUUCUCAUCCGCCUCAUCUCCCAUUUAAAGACAUACAUGAAGUGCUAUGAGCUUUAUUUACAAAGCAAAAAGAACCACCCGAGCUUAGUAUAUACCUCCCAAGAAAACAACAGGAAUAUCUGAAGUGUAUGUCUGACAGUGAGAGUGGAUGUUGUGAAAGGCCGAGAUGAAAGUCGUUUGAUAAAAGACAACCAUGUGUUCUAGGGAGAGAGGAAAAGAAAGAGCGGGAGAGAAUGGCAGUUGUUUUGACUGAUGCCUGCCCAGGAAACUGAGAGUCCGAUGAAGGAAGAUGCCACAGGAUGUUGACGUGGAUCUGUGUGUAGACUAGACAGUAUACAGUAUGUGCUAUGGAGAGUUUGGGUUACUGUAGUCUACUGUGUGCCAUUCUAAUAUCUCCCCAUUCAAGCCGGUAGAGAGACACAUUAUAGACAGUAUACUAAUCCUGGCACUCCAUUUCAACACAAAGAUCUGACUAGAUUAGUGAGAUAGAAAGAGAGAACAUUUGCACUAAACCCCGAAGUACUGCACUGAGACAGCAGAGCUUGUUCUGCAGGUGUAAGGAAGGACCAUACCAGCCUGGCUCAUAACACAACCUAACAUAUGCAAACACUUGCUUUUUUUAUCGCUAGUAUUUUAUACUGAUGCUGUUGUUAUUUCAUCUGGAUGGCUGAUGAUCCCAAUGUCAUUUGGGAUGUUGCCAAAGCAGUACCUUUCUGGCAUGUGAGAACAUAGUUACAUUUCUGGAGAUCCCAGAUUUCUAAAUUCCUUUUAUAAGAAAAACCAAAGGGAUUAUUCAACCAUCUUUAUUUUCUAUAAUGUGGCCAGAGGAUGGUGCCAAGAGAACAAGAAAGUGGUUUAUACGUCUCUAAUUUAGAGUAUGGUGGCAUUGUCCUUGGAUACUGAUCAACAGUCAGUUGUGUGUCCCCCACCCCUACUGUUCAAUUUUGGAUUUGGGGAAGGUAAUCUAACAUUAGAUCUGUGCCUAUAAACUCAUAGUACAUCUAGUCUUCUUCAUUGAAGAGAAGAACCACUGCAAUUCACAGCAGAUAUUCAGCACAGAGACAUGCUAUAAACUAACUUUGCACCUCCACGUCAUCCUCUUUGGCUAGGAUCUUUGCAAUAAUAUAGUAUUGGAGGGACAUAGUGGCUCAGCCAUAUACACUAGUCUUCUACUGGUCCAUGCCUUAGCCAACUGCAUCUCUUGUUCCACCACCCACAUUUUUCGAUCUCCUCCACCUUACCUGGCUUCUCAGUGUGGGUAUUAACAUCUCAUCUCUCCUCUCUCCAUCUGGGCUGAACCAGACACACACCUGUCUCCCUUCUGAAAUAGGAAACCUAAUCUAAGGAAGCUUCCCUGGUACACUGUCCUUUUCAUCUCUCUCUGUGCUUUAAAUAUGAGACGAGGUUACCUAAAAUGCCUAUCAAAUAUGAAUUUUGGCAAAAACAUGCAUAAACUUUCAUUUUGCAUGGAUUGCCUUGCUGUAAUUAUACAAGCUACAAAAUAAUGUCAUGCUUCUGCAAUGAAACUCAAUAUGGUAUUUCAGCCUGGUCUCAUAGACUAGACAUAACAUAGUACAUGUACAUCCGGGACACUCAAGUUAGUAUGAUAUAUUAUGUUUAGUAUGGUUACUUAUCUCAUCAUGGACAAUUUAUAGUUAAUUAGCAACUUGAACUACUUACUACUUUUUAGCUACUUUGCAACUACUUAGUAUGUUAGCUAACCCUUCCCCUAACCCUUUAGCCUAACCCUUCCCCUAAUCUUAAUCCUUUUAGCAAACCCUAACCCUUUAACCUUAACCCCUAGCCUAGCUAAUGUUCGUAACAUAUACAUUUAGCAAAUUCGUAACAUAUUGGACGUUUUGCAAAUUUGUAACAUAAUAAUACGAAUUGUAAUUUGUAACAUAUCAUACAAAGUUGGUGAUGGACAUCACAAAUUAAUACAUAUCAUACGACAUCAUACUAAGUGGAGUUUCUUAGAUUUACGUACAGAAUGAUAAGAAAUGCUCUGAGACCAGGUUGAGUAUUUUCAUGCAUAUGAUUGAAACAAUGAGUAUUGAGCUCUGACUGACUGAACUAGUACUGGUAGUAGUAGUUACAUGAGAAUGUAUUUGAGCUGAAAAGGCACUUCAAGGAAACAGAAAGAGCAGUUGUUUGGGACCUUAUCAUUACAUUUCCCCCUCACUCUACAGCCAUUAAGUAAUUCUGUACAAAUAACAAGGAAACCAUUUGAUUACUAUCAUCGUCACCAUACAUUUGUGAAUAAUGCCAAAUAACUAGGCCACGGAUGACACGAUUGAGACAUGAUUUCAAUUGUGUUCUCUUUUACUGCAGCUGCUUAGUCAGACACAUUUGGAAGUGUUUGAUCAGGUUUUCUGUCAUGGAUGACUGUUACUAACAAUAGUCUAUGGUACACCUGCCCGCCGCAGCUCUGGAACCAGACUAGGUUGGUUUCUUUGUUUGUUUCACCUUUGAUACAGGUUGUAUCUUCGUAGUUCUGAAUGGCUUCCUCUAUUUCCCUGAUCUGAAAGAAAUGGACAAGCUAAAGCAAAUUCCCAGCAGGCAACUAACAUGUUGCUUUUACCUGUCCGGUAUUUUCAGAUAAGUGCCGAUGAUGGAAAGGAGACGAGGAGCUCAGGCCAUGUUAGUAAGACCAUCGAGAUGCAGCCUGCCUUGGGUCAGUGGCCGUCCAUAUCCUUUGACCUCACUAAACACGUUGACCCUUUUAUCAGACAGAGCUUCUUAGAAGUAGUGAAAUGGUUCAUGUCAGUAUCAAUGCAACUAUACGUAUUUUAAAACUGUAAGGAAGUACUCUGAAAGAGUUUACCUUUUGAUGUUCUAUCAUUGCACUGCUUAGUUACAAAUAUUACAAGGGUUAUGAGAAGAGAACUGAGGCCGUGUUUAGACUUGACAGUUGACUUGACAGUUCAGUUUAAUAUCCGAUCAGAGUUCUGGAUCAUGGUAUUACGAAUGCGUCGUGUCUACACCUAUAUUUAAUGUGUCUACCGUGUCCGGAUUCCCUUAUCCCACGCUACAUUCAAAUGCCAGUAUGCAUUCUACAAAUGGUGGAAUAGGCCAAAUAUGAUACCAACACAACAACUGAUGGCAGUAGCUAACUAGCCAGCUAAACUCUGUAGCUAGCCAGCAAGCAACGCUAAAGGAAUUGCAAACAGGUUAGCUAGCUGGCGAGCAUUUACGAGGCCAGCAAACACAUUCCUUGCACGCUAGGAAUGUAUUUCCUCCAACUUUAUAAUGAAAAGGUCCCUCUCAGUCCCAAAACAUACGUUUUCUGGAGACUUGUGGGAGGAGUGCUGUUGAUGCCGUGAAGUGGUGUUCAGGUGUACUGUAGAGCUACCAGUAUGUAGACCCCUUCCCUUAAACCUCUUAACUAAAAUUUUUAAAAACAUAUUCACAACAGCCUCACUGACAAGACAUCAUGUUCUCUUCCAAUGUACCACUGUACAAAAAAAAUCUUUAUUUUCAAGAAAAAUAUAAUACUGGGAAAUGGGAUUAUUUAUUUUAUUUUGUCAUAUUUUUUGUAAGAUUUGAAAAUAGAUAAUAAAACAAAUGUAAACUGAAA